GUGAAUUUCAUGGGUGGUUCACCUUUGAACCGACUCUCGUGGCUACGACCAUCUCAGUCCUUCCUUAACGCAGUCAUAUCCUCGCCGGCGACCCGAUGGAUCUUGUUCAACGACGGACUACCAUUAAUUGCGACCCAUGCAAUUACUCAGAAACGAACUCUGGCACUGCUGCCCACAGACGAUGUGAGGCCCCUACUCGGUAUCGAGCCGUACUUCGGUCAAGGCCAAUUUGAGGGAGAAGCGAAUCAUUCUGAUGCACCUGUUCUCGAGGCUGCCCGACUUCGUGGAACACGGAUAGUCUUCCUCGGAUUGAAAGAGGCAGAUUCUCUUGCCGCGGCAGCCUUGCCAUCUUCUGAUUUCAAGGAUCCACAAGCUACUGUUGCGAAUUUGGAAGGAACACCAUUUUUUACUAUAGAAGUCGCUGAUCUCGAGGACUCUUUGGUGAAGGAGGCCAUACAAACCUCCCAGUCCUUGAUGUAUUCACCUGCCGCUGUUUUUGCGGAAGCUCGGAGUAUGGUAGAUUGGAAUAGGAGGAACAAAUUCUGCCCCGCAUGCGGUUCCCCAACGUAUUCCCUCUGGGCUGGUUGGAAGCUCUCGUGUACAUCGUGCCCCUCAGGUCGGGGUACGCAGAACUUCUGUCAUCCAAGGACAGAUCCCGUGGUUAUUAUGGUAGUGAUGGACGAAUCUGGCGAUAAGAUCCUCCUUGGCCGGAAUUUCUACUCCGCCCUGGCGGGCUUCGUUGAGCCCGGUGAGUCUUACGAAGAUGCUGUCAAGCGUGAGAUGUGGGAAGAAGCCGGUGUGAGGGUACGGAAUGUGCGAUACCACUCCGGCCAACCUUGGCCAUUCCCCGCUAACCUUAUGCUUGGCUUCUAUGCCACUGCGGAUUCUUCUGCACCUAUUCGUACAGAUCUGGACAACGAACUAGAAGAUGCUCGAUGGUACACCCGUGAAGAGGUUUUGGCCGUCCUUGCCCACCAAGCGGGUGCCCACUCAGCAACCAGUAGUCACGACUCUGCAGGAGAAGUUGAACCUCUAUUCAAAAUGCCUCCCCCAACGGCCAUUGCAGGCGUGCUCAUUAAGCAAUGGGCCGAAGGGAAUAGCGGGUUCGAUUACGCUAUGAAGGGAAAUUUGUAAACCCAGCGGUAGACAGUCCGAUUCCAUUGGCGUUCUUCUAGCGGACUUUAGCUUAGAUUUGAAGUGCGGGAGUUGAUCAUGCCCUGCUUCCAGAAGAGUUGUUGUCGCUUCUGGUAUGAAGCAUUGUCAUCUUUGACCAGCCGGACCUUAAUACCGGGGCCGCUGAGCAUCCCAGUUGUAUUACCUACUGAGGAAUGGAG